AUGUCCUUCUACGGCCACCCCUUCGUUCCCGUUCAGCAGGGCUACUACCGCCCCGCCCAGGCCCAGCAGGCCUCGGCUGAGCAACAGCAGCAGCGCGCCGCCUCGCCCAUCACCGUCUCCGACCUCGAAGCCGAGGAACGUACUGCUCUCGCGUACCUCCGCUCCGUCCAGCGCCGCCGCGAGGCCGCCGAGGCCGCCGCGGCCAUCGAGUCCCGCCAGCGCGCCGCCGCCGCCCAGCAGCGCGAGAUUGCCCUCCGUGCCGCCCGCGAGCAGCAGGCCCGCGCCAUCGCGUGUGCCCGCCGUGAGCGUGCAAUAAAGGAGGCGCUCGAGCGCGAACGUGCCCGCGAGGCCGCGCUUGCUCAUGCCCUCGAACAGCGCCGCCGCGACCAGAUCGCAGCUGCUGUCCAGGCCGAGCGCCAGCGCCAGGUCGCCGCGGCUCACGCCUACGAGCGUGCUCUGGCAGAGUACCGCGCCCGCGCCGAACAGGUGCAGACCGCGCAGGCCAAGGCUCACCAGGUCCACGCGGCGGCACACGCCCGUGCUCAAGCUGAGCAGCGCGUGCGUGCCCCCGGUGCACCUCUCCUGGCUGCCGCUCCUGCCGCCCGCGAGGCUGCCGCCGAAGACAACGACGACGACGACCUCGCCGGCAUCAACUCGCUCCUCGGCUCGCUCUUCGGCUUCAACAUUGGCAGCGGUCAAGAGUCUGAGCUCGACGCUCGCUGCCAGUGCCCGCCGGCCCAGGAGCCUGCCAAGGUUCCCCAGCGUGACAUUGCUGCCGCACCCAACGCCGCUACCGCUGCCGCCCUCACGGUACCUGCCGAGCACGCCCACGCCGGCCUCAACCCCGCCGCCAAGGCCUUUGUUCCCGAGCACGAUGACACCGCUGCCACUGCCGAAGACGACGCAUCGUUCCCUCCUGGUCUCAACUCACUCCUCAACGCCUUCCUCGGCCUCCAGGUCGACCCCGCCGCCCAGGACGAAAAGGCCGCCUCUGGUAGCCAGCAGGUCGUCGGCUCGGCCGUCAACAACCUGAACGACAUUCUCAGCCGCUGGGGUCUCGAGUUUGUCCCCGACGAGUCGGCCACCGAGGACCUGUCGCAGGUCGAAAAGCUCGCCGCGGCCGAGAAGACUGCGCGCACCAUCGCUGGCGAGCAGUCUGCCUCGUACGCCCGCAAGACCGAGGACAUUCGCGAGGCCGAGCGUAUCGCCAAGGCUGAGGGCAUUGCGCAGAACAUUGCCAAGCACGAGCAGGCCCAGGCCGCCGCACGCAACCCGGCCCUCGGCGAGGCUGAGAACCUCGCGACCGCCGUCGGCACUGCCAAGGCCAUUUCCACCGAGGACGCCCACUACACCGCCGACAAGACCAAGGACGUCCGCGCCGCCGAGCAGCUCGCCAAGGCCGAGGGCAUCGCCGCCAGGCUCGCUGCCGAGGAGCAGGCUGCCGCCGCUGCCCGCAACCCGGCACUUGGCGAGACUGAAAAGCUCGCUGCCGCUGUCAACACUGCCAAGGACAUUCAGAAGGAGGACGCCCAGUACGAGCACGACAAGUCCAACGCCCAGGACCUCGCCACCACCGAGCAGCUCGCCAAGGCUGAAGGCAUCGCCGAGCGCCUCGACCGUGAGGAGGCCGCCGACGCCGCUGCCCGCAACCCUGCGCUUGGCGAGGCUGAGAAGCUUGCCACUGCCGUCAACACUGCUUCCGACAUUGCCAAGGAGGACUUUGCCGCCAUCCACGCCCGCGACGCGAAGAAGCAAGCCGACUACGAGGCCAACAAGCAGAAGCAGGCCGAGGCCGACCGCCACGUCCCUGCUCUGCCCACUCGCGUCGCCGUCCACCCGCACCCGCACCGUGAGCCGCCUGUUGUCCGCGAAGACUUCCAGCGCGCCCAGGAGCCCCAGCCCCAGCAGGACUUUGUCGAGGGCGCGCCCUUCACGUCGACGCUCGACAACUACGCCAACAUGCCCCAGGCUCUCCGUGACAUUCUCGCCGCUGUCGAGGGCUCGAUGAACGACCAGGCCGCCGCACACAAGAAGACCAAGAAGCACCGUCCCGGCCGCAAGGAGCGCCAGCAGCGCAAGGCCGCCACGGCCACCGAGCCUGCCGCCCCCGAGACUCCCGAGGAGGCCGAGGCCCGCAAGGUCGCCGAGGCCCAGCUCGACACCAUUGACGCCAAGUUUGCCGCCCUCAACACCAGCUUUACCUUCCCGCCCCGUCUCGUCUUUGCCGCGUCUACCCCAGACCACAACCAGCCGCCUCUCCUGUUCAACCGCUACAACACGCCGUACCACGCACAGGCCAACGCGCUCCUCCAGCUCAUCCUCGAGGCCGACGGCGUCCAGUCCAACGGCGACCGCGCCAUCCGCCGCCGCCGCAAGGACACGGUCGCCGCUAUUGAGAAGGAGCUCGAGUCGCUCGAGGCACGCCGCGACCAGCGCUGGCACGAGGUCUCGGAGCGCCGUGAGCGCGGCGAGACCGACGACGAGGACGAGUGGACACGCAGUUCCGCCUCGGCCACUGAGAGCGAGACCGAGGGCUACGAGGUGCUCUAA